AAUGAGCCAAGGAAGAAAUAACAAUCAACCAUUUAAUUUAGGAAGUAAUGCUUCUGAAUUUGAUCAAUAAUUUCUCUUUUAAAGGUAUAACAUUACUUCUACAGACUACUAUAAACAUUUUAUUGUAUUUAAUGAUAUCCAUAUAUAAUAUUUUGAUAUACCUAUAAUUAUAUUAGCAAUCAACAAUUAUUACAGAUGUUUACUCCUGAAAUGCAACAAUACCUAUUGAGAUAACUAUUAAAUCCAAACCUAUUAUAAUGCAUUAAUUAAAACUAAUAAUUAAAGGAUUGCUUUCAAACCUCCAAUUUACUAAGUAAAGAUAAUUAUGCAUUUCAUACUUACAAUAUAUCAUAUAUAUAUAUGUUUGUUUGAUUAAUUUAUUAGAUUUUUCUGCUUUAAUGAAUGGGAUUGAAAUGUUAUCAUUUCUACCAAAUCCAAUUUAAACAUAACCAUAACUAAAUUUGUUAAGCAAUAGAUAAUAGGAGAAUUCAAGUCGAAAGAUAAAAUAUAAUGCAAUUAAUCCUAUAACAGUAGAUGAUGAUGAACCAGCAUAAACUAUUAAAAAAUGUUAUAAUUCAUAAUGUAAGAAUGUUGGAGAUAAGAAAAUUAAAUCUAAAAGGAAUGAUAUAUUAUUCUUUUGUGAUAAAUGUUGUAAAUUAUAUAAUAAAGGAAAUUAUUGUGAUUUUUGUGAAUAAGUAUUACUAUCCUAAUUUUAUUUAUUUAAGGUUUAUGGCUCUUAUGAUGAUGAAGCUGGUUGGGUUUAAUGUGAUUAAUGUUAAAAAUGGGUAUAAUAUAUUAAUAAUAAUUAAAAAUAGAAUCAUAUUACUUGUGAAUAAAAAUAUAGAAAUUAAAAUAUUGAAAAUGAAUCAGAAACUACUCCUUAUCAUUGUUUAGAUUGUUCCAAAAAUAUAAAGAAAACAAAACCAUUGAAAAUAUCUGAUGAAUUUAUACCUCCAAAAUAUCAUCCUAUACAUGAAUAAGAGGAUUGUAAAAAUAAAGAAAAAAAUAUUACAUUUGUAGCUACAAAAGACAAUAAAAUAUAAUAUAGUAAAAUAUAUAUAUAUAUUAAAUAAUUAGCAUAUAGAUUAAACUUAUUUGAUGAUGAAAUUAAAUUAGAUUUAGAUCUACUUCGAAAUUCGAUUAAAAAGACUAAAAAAAUAUAAUUAACAUCUCCUCCUCAUGUAUUACAAUAACAUGUAAUAUCGUCUUAAUAAUAAAGUUAGUUAUUGUAACAGUAAUAAGAAGUAAGUAUUCAAUUCUAAUGAAAAAACUUAGGAAUAAUCAUAAUUGAGUAGUAGAAGUUUGAGAAGAAGAAUUAAUUAGAGAUUAAAUUAUAGAGAUUUAGUUGGGGAACAUUGA